UGUAUUCAGGCUCAUUCUUGUCUGAGAAUUGAGAAUGACCAGAUUUCUGUGAGGAAGCCCUGUCGACUGCUCAGACUUUGACAUGGUGGAUUCAUCUGUUCAAUCGAUUGGGAGAACUGAAUAUAACGAGUGACUUCUGCAAUCCGGUACCGCCCCGUCUUCCUACUCGGGACACAGAUAGAUAUUCGCACUUCUGCAGGGACCUUCUCGUAAUCACGCGGCACGCCAGCUCGCCGAGUUCUCCGUCGAGGUCCUCGUCGUGCUCUAUCCAAUACCCACCCACCCACCGACGAGCGCCGCGAUCACCGAGCACGUACGCGCGUGCUCCGACGAUCUCCCGAUCACCUUCCGCCGCCUCCUCCGACCCGAGCCCCAACCCGGCGAUGUGCAUCGCGGCGUGGACAUGGCAGUCUCACCCGGCGUACGGCCUGCUUCUCCUCUUCAACCGCGACGAGUUCCUCUCCAGACCGACGCGGCCGGCGGGGUGGUGGGCCGCCGCUGGGGAGGAGGGCGAGGAGAUCCUCGGAGGCAAAGAUGAGCUAGGCGGCGGCACGUGGCUGGGGUGCACGAAGGGCGGGAAGCUGGCUUUCCUUACCAACGUCCGGGAGCCCAGUCCCCGGGCCGGGGCGAGGUCCAGAGGGGAGCUUCCUGUCAGGUUUCUCCAGGGCAGGCUGGGUCCGUUGGAGUAUGCAACAGAAAUUGCAAAGGAAGCAGAUCAGUACAAUGGUUUUAAUCUUAUAUUGGCCGAUGUGCAUUCAGGAAACAUGGUUUACAUCUCUAAUAAACCCAGUGGUGCUCCUGUGGUUCAAACAGUUUCUCCGGGCAGUCACGUGCUUUCUAAUGCUGCUAUUGACUCGCCUUGGCCAAAGGCAUUGCGCUUAGGACAGAGUUUCAACAGAUUUCUUGCAACACACGAUUCUGUAGAAGUCCCUUUAGAGCAGAUGGUUGAAGAAUUGAUGAUGGACACCGUCAAGGCUGACAGAUCUGAGGUGCCUGACACUGGCGUCGAUCCUGACUGGGAAUACCAAUUAAGCUCUAUAUUCAUCGACACAGAAAAAGGACAGGCACGAUAUGGGACACGAAGCAUGGUUGCCAUAGCGGUGAAAUUGGAUGGUGAGGUAACUUUCUACGAGAGGUCCCUAGCCAGCAGCAGCUUGUGGGAGGAGAACCUGGUACAAUUUCGCAUGGAGAUGGCAAAAUAGUCUGACGUGAGAUGAACACUAAAUCCUCACGGAGUCGAAGAGUGGCAACCUGACAACUGACGGUUUUUUUUUCCAUUUUUUUGCGAGAAAACAACUCAGUUUCUUUGCACAGUGAGAAUUACCUUAGAAGUUUGCACAGUAAGAUUGAGGGAGGUAAUGAUUACCCUUUCUGUAAAUGUAUGGUGGUUGUUGUGUGGUCAAUGCGAUUUUAUACGAUACUGGUGAUUGAUUUGUUGUAUAUGCCCCUGCCAAUGCCAUUGUAAUUCUGAAAGAAUAAAUUGGUCCUUUCCAGUGUUACAAGUACAUGAGGUCCCUAA